UACACCAAAUAUAAAACCAAGUCUAUUUCACUUUGUGUUGAAGCUGAACUCGAAUUCAGUGUCGGUUGAUCCGUUCGAGUGUUAGGACUAGGUUUGAAUAAACGAAUUUAUCAUCGAAAAAUGGCUCAGUUACCGGUGUACAAUCCUCCAUCGCCGUUUCUUGGAUUUUUACCAGCCGGUCUAGGAUUGUAUCGUAAAGUGAUUAUACGCGGAAAAAUGAAGGAAGACCAGUUCAACAUUAAUUUCCAGUCCGGGCCGAACGUGGAUCCCCGGGAUGACUGUCCGCUGCACAUCAGCAUUCGACCUCGUGAUAAGUUGAUCGUCCGUAAUACUUAUCAAUUCCGAAGCUGGGGCAUCGAGGAACGGCACGGAGGAUGUCCGAUACAGAAGAAGGGUUACUUCGACGUACAGGUCACGGUGAAACCGGACGCAUAUAGCAUUGCCAUCAAUGGGUGCCAGUAUGCCGACUUUGCUCACCGGCAACCGUACGCAUCGGUUCGGUUCAUUCAUAUCAGCGAAGGUGCACAGAUAGACGCCAUGAUAACCGAGUAGCAGGGUAGUGAUAAAAACAUGCGGAACACUUGAUAAAGCCGAUGAUUGAACAGUGUCGAGUUAUGGGAGGGGACUUUUUGCUAUUUGUUUUAUCGAUAGCAAAUGUUAUAGUGCUUACGAAAUAAGCAUAUUUAAUCAUUGUUGUUUUUUAAACCAGUAUUAAUAAAUUGGGUUGUGUCAUCGUAAUCAA